GUUUCUUUAUAAAGCUGCUAUGCGAUGCAGCCUAGAAGAUACAACAUCACAGCAAUAUGGCUUCCACACACCAACCCCUUCUUAACACUCCCAACAAAACCACAUCUGCCUGCAAAAUCCUGUUCUUCACUGUAUCUGGCUUUGCACUGCUCAUUUCAGCUGCUUUUUUGCUGCCUAAUUUAACCAAAAACAUCAACCUUAAGGGUCAAUCAACUCCUUCAUUUCUCUGCCGUACGGCUUUCAAUCCCCGGGCAUGCCAAGGUUUUGUGUCUGAAGUGGUUUCUGACGGUGUCGCGCCGCGUGAUGCCACUAUUGUACUGCAGAAGUUCUUGAUCAAUCAAGUCCAUCAUUUGAAUGGUGCACUUUUCAACACUAGGAAACUGAAGAAUCAGUUGAAUGGGCAAAAUAAUGAACAUGGGGCUCUUGCUGAUUGCGUUGAGUUAAUUGACCUGUCUAUUGAUCUUGUGUUUGAUUCGAUUAAAGCUCUGAGAAAUGAAACUAGCACGUCUCAUGCUGAUGCCCAAGCUUGGCUUAGUGCUGUGCUGGACAAUCACGUCACCUGUUUCGAUGGGCUUAACUCCUUUGGGAGAAACUCACUUGGAGCAGUUCUUGAAGACUUGAUCUCAAGGGCCAGGGCCUCUUUGGCUAUGCUUGCAGCGGUAUCAGAGCCUGAGAAAGAAAUGGUGCAGUCCUUAAGGGGGAAGCUGCCUUCAUGGAUCACGGCAGUUGACAGGAAGCUGCUCCAGAGCAGAGCUAAUGCCAUAGAUGCUGAUCUAGUUGUAGCGAAAGACGGGUCGGGGAAUUACAAGACAGUAGCGGAAGCAAUUGCAGCAGCACCGGACAAGAGCAAGAAACGGUACGUGAUCUAUGUCAAGAAAGGGACGUACAAGGAGAAUGUCGAAGUUGGUAAGAAUAAAAAGAAUCUGAUGAUCAUUGGUGAUGGUAUGGAUUCGACCAUCAUAACCGGUGACCUUAACGUUGUCGAUGGAUCCACAACCUUCAAAUCCGCCACCCUUGCCGCAGUCGGGGAGGGAUUCAUGCUACAAGACAUCCGCAUCCAGAACACGGCCGGCCCGGAAAAGCACCAGGCUGUGGCGCUCCGUGUCGGGGCUGACAAAUCCGUCAUAAACCGCUGCCGCAUCGACGCCUACCAAGACACACUCUACGCGCACUCCCUGCGUCAGUUCUACAGAGACAGCUACAUCACGGGAACCGUAGACUUCAUCUUCGGAAACGCAGCGGUAGUGUUCCAGAAAUGCAAGCUGGUGGCCCGGAAGCCAAUGAAAAGCCAGAAAAACAUGGUGACGGCGCAGGGGCGAACGGACCCGAAUCAGAACACGGGGACUUCGAUUCAAGACUGUGAAAUCAGAGCAAGUGAGGACCUGGAGCCGGUGAAAAGUUCGUUCCCGACGUACUUGGGGCGGCCCUGGAAGGAGUACUCGAGGACUGUGGUGAUGCAGUCGUACAUCGGGGACCACAUUGAUCCGGUGGGGUGGUCAGAGUGGAGUGGGGAUUUCGCGCUCAAGACAUUGUAUUAUGGGGAGUAUAUGAACAAGGGUCCCGGCGCCGGGACCAGCAAGAGAGUGAAGUGGGCCGGGUAUCAUGUUAUAACAAAUGCUGCUGAGGCCGCAAAGUUCACCGUGAAGGAGUUGAUUCAGGGCGUUGAAUGGCUGGGUUCCACUGGAGUGGCCUACACUGAGGGCUUGUAAAAGCAUGGAGUUUGCUUACCGGGUUAAGAUUUUCUUGCUGUUAUCUAUGUCACAAUGCAGUAGUUAUGUAUUUGAGCAUGGAUUUGAGUUUAUGUUGUAGUAAUUAACUGCUCGUGCCUUAAUAUGGAUGGUUUGUGUAUGGUCAAGUUUAAUUUCAAAUAAAAAUUUUCUACUAUGUA